AUGCUGGUGAUCUGGAUUCUGAUGCUGGCUCUCCGGCUCUGCACGUCCGUUACUGCUCUACCAACAUCGGAGGGCUCUGCUGUUCACAAAGCCAUUUCCCAGCAGGGCACACUGUGGACUGGUGAGGUUUUGGAGAAGCAGACAGUCAAGCAAGGGAAGACCACUCUGAGAAGGUAGAAAAAUCAUUUCUACAGCUCUGCAGGGGAGCUACGGUGUAGGAAUGCCCUGAAAGAUGAGGAGGCAUGUGCUGGAUUGAGCGUGAUGUUUGCUGGGGAGAGUGUGGUGGUGCUGGUACAUUUGUGGAUGACAGGAGCAAGAGUGAAGAACCUUGGCUUGGUGGAGUUUGCCAGCCUGGGGGACGACGGGGAUGGCAGAGCCGAAGCCUUUAGCCUGGGGCUCCCACUUAGUGAGCAGGCAAGGGCUGCAGGAGCCGGAGAGAAGGAGCAUCAGGAGACCAGAACUGGUCCGUGGCCUGUUAGGAACUGGGACACAUGGCAAGAAGUGAGUAGCGGGCCAGCGAAGCUGAGCUCUGCGUCUUGUCGGAUCAGCAGCAGCAUGAGAUUCUUCCAGGAGGACGAACCCUGUGGUGAACUUGGCUAUGAGGAGUCAGUCAUAUUUACCACCGGCUCAACUGCAACACCACACUUCCUUGACAGCUCCACAAACUCGGGCAGCAGUGAGGAAUCAACACUACCCCACAGCAACUCAGGAGCAAUGAGAAUAAAACUCUCAACCGCCCACUCCAAAACCUUAGUUCUAGCUGGAAAACCGACAGUCUCACGCAUCAGAUCAGGAUCAAUGGAAACAACAACAUUAGCCACAAGUACCACAACAGCAGGCCUGAGUGAGAAAUCUACCACCUUCUACAGUAGCCCCAGAUCACCAGUCACAACACUCUCACCUGCCAGGACGACAAGCUCAGGCGUCAGUGAAGAAUCCACCACCUCCCACAGCCGACCACACACAGGCUCAACGCACACAACAGCGUUCCCUGGCAGUACCACCAUGCCAGGCCUCAGUCAGGAAUCUACAGCUUCCCACAGCAGCCCAGGCUCCACAGACACAACACUGUCCCCUGGCAGUACCACAGCAUCAUCCCUUGGUCCAGAGUCUACUACCAUCCACAGCAGCCCAGGCUCCACUGGAACAACACUCUUACCCGACAACACCACAACCUCGGGCCUCCUUGAAGCAUCUACGCCCGUCCACAGCAGCACUGGAUCGCCACACACAACACUGUCCCCUGCCGGCUCUACAACCCGUCAGGGAGAAUCUACCACUUUCCAGAGCUGGCCAAGCUCAAAUGACACUGCGCCUGCACCUCCUAGUACCACAUCAGCCUUUGUUGAACUAUCUACAACCUACCAUAGCAGCCCGAGCUCAACUCCAACAACACACCUUUCUGCCAGCUCCACAAUCUUGGGCCUUACUGAAGAAUCUACAACCUACCACAGCAGCCCGGGCUCAACUCAAACAAUGCACUUCCCUGAAAGCUCCACAACUUCAGGCCGUAGUGAAGAAUCAACAACUUCCCACAGCAGCACAACACACACAAUAUCUUCACCUCCUGGCACCACACCUGGCCCCGUUGAAGAGUCUACAAGCUACCACAGCAGCCCGGGCUCAACUGCAACAACACGCUUCCCUGACAGCUCCACAACCUCAGGCCGUAGUGAGGAAUCAACAGCAUACCACAGCAGCCCAGACGCAACGGGAACAACAGUCUUACCUGCCCGCUCCACAACCUCGGUUCUUGUUGGAGAAUCUACGACCUCACCCAGCAGUUCAGGCUCCACGGAAACAACAGCCUCACCCGGCAGUACCACAACGCCAGGCCUCAGUGAGAAAUCUACCACUUUCUACAGUAGCCCCAGAUCACCAGACACAACACUCUCACCUGCCAGCACGACAAGCUCAGGCGUCAGUGAAGAAUCCACCACCUCCCACAGCCGACCAGGCUCAACGCACACAACAGCAUUCCCUGACAGCACCACCAUGCCAGGCCUCAGUCGGGAGUCUACAACUUCCCACAGCAGCCCAGGCUCAACGGAUCCAACACUGUUACCUGCCAGCACCACCACCUCAGGUCCCGGUCAGGAAUCGACAACUUCCCACAGCAGCCCAGGUUCAACUGACACUGCACUGUCCCCUGGCAGUACCACAACCUUAUCCUCUGGUCAAGAAUCUACAACCUCCCACAGCAGCCCAGGCUCCACUCACACAACACUCUUCUUUGACAGCACCACAAGCUCAGGCAUCGUUGAAGCAUCUACACGCGUCCACAGCAGCACUGGCUCACCACACACAACACUGUCCCCUGCCAGCUCCACAAGCCCUGGCCUUCAGGGAGAAUCUACCGCCUUCCAGACCCACCCAGCCUCAACUCACACAACGCCUUCACCUCCUAGCACCGCAGCAGCCCCUGUUGAGGAAUCUACAACCUACCACCACAGCCCAGGCUCGACUCCAACAACACACUUCCCUGCCAGCUCCACAACUUCGGGACACAGUGAGAAAUCAACAACAUUCCACGGCAGCCCAGAUGCAAGUGGAACAACACCCUCACCUGCCCACUCCACAACCUCAGGUCGUGGAGAAUCUACAACCUCACCCAUCAGUCCAGGCUCAACUGAAAUAACAACGUUGUCUGGCAGCACCACAACACCAGGCCUCAGUGAGGCGUCUACCACCUUCUACAGCAGCCCCAGAUCACCAACCACAACACUCCCACCUGCCAGCAUGACAAGCCUAGGCGUCAGUGAAGAGUCCACCACCUCCCGUAGCCAACCACGUUCAACUCACUCAACAGUGUCACCUGCCAGCAGCACCACGCCAGGCCCCAGUGAGGAAUCUACCACCGUCUACAGCAGCAGCCCAGGCUCAACUGAAACCACAGUGUUCCCUCGCGGCACCACAACCUCAGUUCGUGGUGAAGAACCUACAACCUUCCACAGCCAGCAGGCCGCAACUCACACAACGCUGUUCACUGAGGACACCACCACCUCGGGCCUCACUGAAGAAUCUACAGCCUUCCCCAGCGGCCCAGUCUCCACCCGAACAGGGUUGCCUGCCACCCUCACAACCACCGACCUCGGUGAGGAAUCAACAACCUUCCCCAGCAGCUCAGGCUCAACUGGAACAACACUCUCACCUGCCCGCUCCACCACCUCAGGCCUUGUUGGAGAAUCUACACCCUCAACCCUCAGUCCAAGCUCAACCGAAACAACAACUUUACCCGGCAGUCCCACAACACCAAGCCUCAGUGAGAAAUCAACCACCUUCUACACCAGCCCCAGAUCACCAGAUGCAACACUCUCACCUGCGACCACAACAAGCUCAGGCGUCAGUGAAGAAUCCGGCACAUCCCAUAGUCAACCGGGCUCAACGCACACGACGGCGUUCCCUGACAGCACCACCACGUCAGGCCUCAGUCAGGAACCUACAACUUCCCACAGCAGCCAAGGCUCAACAGAGGCAACGCUGUCCCCUGGCAGUACCACAGCCUCAUCCCUUGGUCAACAGUCUACAACCUUGCACAGCAGCCCAGGCGCCACUGGAACCACACUCUUACCUGACGACACCACAACCUCAGGCCUCGUGGAGGCAUCUACACCCAUCCACAGCAGCACUGGCUCGCUACACACAACACUGACCCCUGCCAGCUCCACAAGCGCUGGCCUUCAGGAGGAAUCUACCACCUUCCAGAGCUGGCCAAGCUCAAGUGACACAACACCUUCACCUCCUAGCACCACACCAGCCCCUGUUGAAGUAUCCACAACCUACCACAGCCGCCCGAGCUCAACUCCAACAACACACUUUUCUGCCAGCUCCACAACCUUGGCCCGUAGUGAGGAAUCAACAACAGUCCACAGCAGCCCAGGUGCAACUGGAACAACACGCUUCCCUACCCGCUCCGCGACCUCAGUUCUUGUUGGAGAACCUACAACCUCACCCAUCCGUUCAGGCUCAAUGGAAACAACAGCGUUACCCGGCAGUACCACAACAGCAGGCCUGAGUGAGAAAUCUACCACCUUCUACAGUAGCCCCAGAUCACCAGUCACAACACUCUCACCUGCCAGGACGACAAGCUCAGGCGUCAGUGAAGAAUCCACCACCUCCCACAGCCGACCACACACAGGCUCAACGCACACAACAGCGUUCCCUGGCAGUACCACCAUGCCAGGCCUCAGUCAGGAAUCUACAGCUUCCCACAGCAGCCCAGGCUCCACAGACACAACACUGUCCCCUGGCAGUACCACAGCAUCAUCCCUUGGUCCAGAGUCUACUACCAUCCACAGCAGCCCAGGCUCCACUGGAACAACACUCUUACCCGACAACACCACAACCUCGGGCCUCCUUGAAGCAUCUACGCCCGUCCACAGCAGCACUGGAUCGCCACACACAACACUGUCCCCUGCCGGCUCUACAACCCGUCAGGGAGAAUCUACCACUUUCCAGAGCUGGCCAAGCUCAAAUGACACUGCGCCUGCACCUCCUAGUACCACAUCAGCCUUUGUUGAACUAUCUACAACCUACCAUAGCAGCCCGAGCUCAACUCCAACAACACACCUUUCUGCCAGCUCCACAAUCUUGGGCCGUAGUGAGGAAUCGACAACAGUCCACAGCAGCCCAGUUGCAACUGCAACAACACCUUCAUCUGCCCGCUCCACAACCUCAACCUCAGGCCUUACUGAAGAAUCUACAACCUACCACAGCAGCCCGGGCUCAACUCAAACAAUGCACUUCCCUGAAAGCUCCACAACUUCAGGCCGUAGUGAAGAAUCAACAACUUCCCACAGCAGCACAACACACACAAUAUCUUCACCUCCUGGCACCACACCUGGCCCCGUUGAAGAGUCUACAAGCUACCACAGCAGCCCGGGCUCAACUGCAACAACACGCUUCCCUGACAGCUCCACAACCUCAGGCCGUAGUGAGGAAUCAACAGCAUACCACAGCAGCCCAGACGCAACGGGAACAACAGUCUUACCUGCCCGCUCCACAACCUCGGUUCUUGUUGGAGAAUCUACGACCUCACCCAGCAGUUCAGGCUCCACGGAAACAACAGCCUCACCCGGCAGUACCACAACGCCAGGCCUCAGUGAGAAAUCUACCACUUUCUACAGUAGCCCCAGAUCACCAGACACAACACUCUCACCUGCCAGCACGACAAGCUCAGGCGUCAGUGAAGAAUCCACCACCUCCCACAGCCGACCAGGCUCAACGCACACAACAGCAUUCCCUGACAGCACCACCACGCCAGGCCUCAGUCGGGAGUCUACAACUUCCCACAGCAGCCCAGGCUCAACGGAUCCAACACUGUUACCUGCCAGCACCACCACCUCAGGUCCCGGUCGGGAAUCGACAACUUCCCACAGCAGCCCAGGUUCAACUGACACUGCACUGUCCCCUGGCAGUACCACAACCUUAUCCUCUGGUCAAGAAUCUACAACCUCCCACAGCAGCCCAGGCUCCACUCACACAACACUCUUCUUUGACAGCACCACAAGCUCAGGCAUCGUUGAAGCAUCUACACGCGUCCACAGCAGCACUGGCUCACCACACACAACACUGUCCCCUGCCAGCUCCACAAGCCCUGGCCUUCAGGGAGAAUCUACCGCCUUCCAGACCCACCCAGCCUCAACUCACACAACGCCUUCACCUCCUAGCACCGCAGCAGCCCCUGUUGAGGAAUCUACAACCUACCACCACAGCCCAGGCUCGACUCCAACAACACACUUCCCUGCCAGCUCCACAACUUCGGGACACAGUGAGAAAUCAACAACAUUCCACGGCAGCCCAGAUGCAAGUGGAACAACACCCUCACCUGCCCACUCCACAACCUCAGGUCGUGGAGAAUCUACAACCUCACCCAUCAGUCCAGGCUCAACUGAAAUAACAACGUUGUCUGGCAGCACCACAACACCAGGCCUCAGUGAGGCGUCUACCACCUUCUACAGCAGCCCCAGAUCACCAACCACAACACUCCCACCUGCCAGCAUGACAAGCCUAGGCGUCAGUGAAGAGUCCACCACCUCCCGUAGCCAACCACGUUCAACUCACUCAACAGUGUCACCUGCCAGCAGCACCACGCCAGGCCCCAGUGAGGAAUCUACCACCGUCUACAGCAGCAGCCCAGGCUCAACUGAAACCACAGUGUUCCCUCGCGGCACCACAACCUCAGUUCGUGGUGAAGAACCUACAACCUUCCACAGCCAGCAGGCCGCAACUCACACAACGCUGUUCACUGAGGACACCACCACCUCGGGCCUCACUGAAGAAUCUACAGCCUUCCCCAGCGGCCCAGUCUCCACCCGAACAGGGUUGCCUGCCACCCUCACAACCACCGACCUCGGUGAGGAAUCAACAACCUUCCCCAGCAGCUCAGGCUCAACUGGAACAACACUCUCACCUGCCCGCUCCACCACCUCAGGCCUUGUUGGAGAAUCUACACCCUCAACCCUCAGUCCAAGCUCAACCGAAACAACAACUUUACCCGGCAGUCCCACAACACCAAGCCUCAGUGAGAAAUCAACCACCUUCUACACCAGCCCCAGAUCACCAGAUGCAACACUCUCACCUGCGACCACAACAAGCUCAGGCGUCAGUGAAGAAUCCGGCACAUCCCAUAGUCAACCGGGCUCAACGCACACGACGGCGUUCCCUGACAGCACCACCACGUCAGGCCUCAGUCAGGAACCUACAACUUCCCACAGCAGCCAAGGCUCAACAGAGGCAACGCUGUCCCCUGGCAGUACCACAGCCUCAUCCCUUGGUCAACAGUCUACAACCUUGCACAGCAGCCCAGGCGCCACUGGAACCACACUCUUACCUGACGACACCACAACCUCAGGCCUCGUGGAGGCAUCUACACCCAUCCACAGCAGCACUGGCUCGCUACACACAACACUGACCCCUGCCAGCUCCACAAGCGCUGGCCUUCAGGAGGAAUCUACCACCUUCCAGAGCUGGCCAAGCUCAAGUGACACAACACCUUCACCUCCUAGCACCACACCAGCCCCUGUUGAAGUAUCCACAACCUACCACAGCCGCCCGAGCUCAACUCCAACAACACACUUUUCUGCCAGCUCCACAACCUUGGCCCGUAGUGAGGAAUCAACAACAGUCCACAGCAGCCCAGGUGCAACUGGAACAACACGCUUCCCUACCCGCUCCGCGACCUCAGUUCUUGUUGGAGAACCUACAACCUCACCCAUCCGUUCAGGCUCAAUGGAAACAACAGCGUUACCCGGCAGUACCACAACAGCAGGCCUGAGUGAGAAAUCUACCACCUUCUACAGUAGCCCCAGAUCACCAGUCACAACACUCUCACCUGCCAGGACGACAAGCUCAGGCGUCAGUGAAGAAUCCACCACCUCCCACAGCCGACCACACACAGGCUCAACGCACACAACAGCGUUCCCUGGCAGUACCACCAUGCCAGGCCUCAGUCAGGAAUCUACAGCUUCCCACAGCAGCCCAGGCUCCACAGACACAACACUGUCCCCUGGCAGUACCACAGCAUCAUCCCUUGGUCCAGAGUCUACUACCAUCCACAGCAGCCCAGGCUCCACUGGAACAACACUCUUACCCGACAACACCACAACCUCGGGCCUCCUUGAAGCAUCUACGCCCGUCCACAGCAGCACUGGAUCGCCACACACAACACUGUCCCCUGCCGGCUCUACAACCCGUCAGGGAGAAUCUACCACUUUCCAGAGCUGGCCAAGCUCAAAUGACACUGCGCCUGCACCUCCUAGUACCACAUCAGCCUUUGUUGAACUAUCUACAACCUACCAUAGCAGCCCGAGCUCAACUCCAACAACACACCUUUCUGCCAGCUCCACAAUCUUGGGCCGUAGUGAGGAAUCGACAACAGUCCACAGCAGCCCAGUUGCAACUGCAACAACACCUUCAUCUGCCCGCUCCACAACCUCAACCUCAGGCCUUACUGAAGAAUCUACAACCUACCACAGCAGCCCGGGCUCAACUCAAACAAUGCACUUCCCUGAAAGCUCCACAACUUCAGGCCGUAGUGAAGAAUCAACAACUUCCCACAGCAGCACAACACACACAAUAUCUUCACCUCCUGGCACCACACCUGGCCCCGUUGAAGAGUCUACAAGCUACCACAGCAGCCCGGGCUCAACUGCAACAACACGCUUCCCUGACAGCUCCACAACCUCAGGCCGUAGUGAGGAAUCAACAGCAUACCACAGCAGCCCAGACGCAACGGGAACAACAGUCUUACCUGCCCGCUCCACAACCUCGGUUCUUGUUGGAGAAUCUACGACCUCACCCAGCAGUUCAGGCUCCACGGAAACAACAGCCUCACCCGGCAGUACCACAACGCCAGGCCUCAGUGAGAAAUCUACCACUUUCUACAGUAGCCCCAGAUCACCAGACACAACACUCUCACCUGCCAGCACGACAAGCUCAGGCGUCAGUGAAGAAUCCACCACCUCCCACAGCCGACCAGGCUCAACGCACACAACAGCAUUCCCUGACAGCACCACCACGCCAGGCCUCAGUCGGGAGUCUACAACUUCCCACAGCAGCCCAGGCUCAACGGAUCCAACACUGUUACCUGCCAGCACCACCACCUCAGGUCCCGGUCGGGAAUCGACAACUUCCCACAGCAGCCCAGGUUCAACUGACACUGCACUGUCCCCUGGCAGUACCACAACCUUAUCCUCUGGUCAAGAAUCUACAACCUCCCACAGCAGCCCAGGCUCCACUCACACAACACUCUUCUUUGACAGCACCACAAGCUCAGGCAUCGUUGAAGCAUCUACACGCGUCCACAGCAGCACUGGCUCACCACACACAACACUGUCCCCUGCCAGCUCCACAAGCCCUGGCCUUCAGGGAGAAUCUACCGCCUUCCAGACCCACCCAGCCUCAACUCACACAACGCCUUCACCUCCUAGCACCGCAGCAGCCCCUGUUGAGGAAUCUACAACCUACCACCACAGCCCAGGCUCGACUCCAACAACACACUUCCCUGCCAGCUCCACAACUUCGGGACACAGUGAGAAAUCAACAACAUUCCACGGCAGCCCAGAUGCAAGUGGAACAACACCCUCACCUGCCCACUCCACAACCUCAGGUCGUGGAGAAUCUACAACCUCACCCAUCAGUCCAGGCUCAACUGAAAUAACAACGUUGUCUGGCAGCACCACAACACCAGGCCUCAGUGAGGCGUCUACCACCUUCUACAGCAGCCCCAGAUCACCAACCACAACACUCCCACCUGCCAGCAUGACAAGCCUAGGCGUCAGUGAAGAGUCCACCACCUCCCGUAGCCAACCACGUUCAACUCACUCAACAGUGUCACCUGCCAGCAGCACCACGCCAGGCCCCAGUGAGGAAUCUACCACCGUCUACAGCAGCAGCCCAGGCUCAACUGAAACCACAGUGUUCCCUCGCGGCACCACAACCUCAGUUCGUGGUGAAGAACCUACAACCUUCCACAGCCAGCAGGCCGCAACUCACACAACGCUGUUCACUGAGGACACCACCACCUCGGGCCUCACUGAAGAAUCUACAGCCUUCCCCAGCAGCCCAGUCUCCACCCGAACAGGGUUGCCUGCCACCCUCACAACCACCGACCUCGGUGAGGAAUCAACAACCUUCCCCAGCAGCUCAGGCUCAACUGGAACAACACUCUCACCUGCCCGCUCCACCACCUCAGGCCUUGUUGGAGAAUCUACACCCUCAACCCUCAGUCCAAGCUCAACCGAAACAACAACUUUACCCGGCAGUCCCACAACACCAAGCCUCAGUGAGAAAUCAACCACCUUCUACACCAGCCCCAGAUCACCAGAUGCAACACUCUCACCUGCGACCACAACAAGCUCAGGCGUCAGUGAAGAAUCCGGCACAUCCCAUAGUCAAAAGGGCUCAACGCACACGACGGCGUUCCCUGACAGCACCACCACGUCAGGCCUCAGUCAGGAACCUACAACUUCCCACAGCAGCCAAGGCUCAACAGAGGCAACGCUGUCCCCUGGCAGUACCACAGCCUCAUCCCUUGGUCAACAGUCUACAACCUUGCACAGCAGCCCAGGCGCCACUGAAACCACACUCUUACCUGACGACACCACAACCUCAGGCCUCGUGGAGGCAUCUACACCCAUCCACAGCAGCACUGGCUCGCUACACACAACACUGACCCCUGCCAGCUCCACAAGCGCUGGCCUUCCGGAGGAAUCUACCACCUUCCAGAGCUGGCCAAGCUCAAGUGACACAACACCUUCACCUCCUAGCACCACACCAGCCCCUGUUGAAGUAUCCACAACCUACCACAGCCGCCCGAGCUCAACUCCAACAACACACUUUUCUGCCAGCUCCACAACCUUGGCCCGUAGUGAGGAAUCAACAACAGUCCACAGCAGCCCAGGUGCAACUGGAACAACACGCUUCCCUACCCGCUCCGCGACCUCAGUUCUUGUUGGAGAACCUACAACCUCACCCAUCCGUUCAGGCUCAAUGGAAACAACAGCGUUACCCGGCAGUACCACAACAGCAGGCCUGAGUGAGAAAUCUACCACCUUCUACAGUAGCCCUAGAUCACCAGAGGCAAUACUCUCACCUGGCAGCGUGACAAAUUCAGGCCUUAGUGAAGAAUUCACCACCUUCUACAGCCGGCCAGGUUCAAUGCACACAACACUGUUACCUGCCAGUGCCACUACUUUAAGGCUCAGUGAGAAGCCUACAACCCUCCCCAGCAUGGCAGACUCAGUGCACACGAUGCUGUUACCUGCCAGCACCACAACACCAGGCCUCAGCGAUGAAUCAGCAACUUCCCACAGCAGCCCAGGCUCAACUGAGACAACACUGUUCCCUGAAAGCCCCAGAACCUCAGACCAUAGUGAAGAAUCAACAACUUCCUACAGCAGCACAACUCACACAACACCUUCACCUCCUAGCACCACACCUGUUCUUUUUGAAGAAUAUACAGGCUACCAGAGCAGCCCGGGUUCAACUGCAACAACACACUUUCCUGAGAGCUCCACAACCUCAGGCCAUAGUGAGAAAGCAACAGCAUCCCACAGCAGCCCAGAUACUAAUGCAAUCACACUCUUACCUGCCCUUUUUACUACCUCAGGCCGCAGUGCAGAAUCUACCACCUUCUACAUCUCUCCAGGCUCAACACAAACAACGUUACCCAGCAGUACUGCAAUGCCAGGCCUCAGUGCAAAAUCUACUAUCUUUUACAGUAGCUCCAGAACACCAGACCAAACACUCUCACCGGCCAGCAUGACAAGCUCCAGCAUCAGUGAAGAACCCACCAGCUUCGAUAGCCAAGCAGGGUCAACACACACAACAGUGUUUCCUGCCAGCACCACCACCUCAGGCCUCAGUCAGGAAUCAGCAACUUUCCACAGUAAGCCAGGCUCAACUGACACAACUCUGUCCCCUGGGAGCAUCACAACUUCAUCCUUUGCUCAAGAAUUUACCACCCCUCACAGCCAACCAGGCUCAGCUCUGUCAACAGUGUCACCUGCCAGCACCACAGUGCCAGGCCUUAAUGAGGAAUCUACCACCUUCUACAGCAGCGCAGGCUCAACUGAAACCACAGCGUUUUCUCACAGCACCACAACCUCCAUUCAUAGUCAACAAUCUACACCCUUCCCUGGCAGCCCAGGCUUCACCCUAAUAGUGUUACCUGCCACCCUCACAACCACAGACAUUGGUCAGGAAUCAACAGCCUUCCACAGCAGUUCAGAAGCAACUGGAACAACACCCUUACCUGCCCGCUCCACAACCUCAGACCUUGUUGGAGAAUCUACAACUUUCUACAUCAGCCCAUCCCCUACUUACACAACACUCUUUCCUGCCAGUUCCAGCACAUCAGGCCUCACUGACGAAUCUACCACCUUCCACACCAGUCCAAGCUUCACUUCUACAAUUGUGUCUACUGAAAGCCUGGAAACCUUAGCACCAGGGUUGUGCCAGGAAGGACAAAUUUGGAAUGGAAAACAAUGCGUCUGUCCCCAAGGCUACGUUGGUUACCAGUGCUUGUCCCCUCUGGAAUCCUUCCCUGUAGAAACCCCAGAAAAACUCAGAGCUGCUUUAGGUAUGAGAGUGAAAGUGACUUACAGGAAUUUCACAGAGAAGAUGAAUGACUUAUCCUCCCAGGAAUACCAGAACUUCAGUACCCUCUUCAAGAACCGGAUGGAUGUCGUUUUGAAGGGCGACGAUCUUCCACAGUAUAGAGGGGUGAACAUUCGGAGAUUGCUCAAUGGUAGCAUCGUGGUCAAGAACGAUGUCAUCCUGGAGACAGACUACACUUUAGAGUAUGAGAAACUGUUUGAAAACCUGGCAGAGAUUGUAAAGGCCAAGAUUGUGAAUGAAACCAAAACAAUUCUUGUUAAUCCUGAUUCCUGCAGAGAGGCCAUACUGUGCUAUAGUGAAAAUGACACUUUCGUGGAUUCAUCAGUGACGCCGGGCUUUGACUUCCAGGAGCAAUGCACCCAGAAGGCUGCCGAAGGAUAUGCCCAAUUCUACUAUGUGGAUGUCUUGGAUGGGAAGCUGGCCUGUGUGAACAAGUGCACCAAAGGAACGAAGUCGGAAAUGAACUGUAACCUGGGCACAUGUCAGCUGCAACGCAGUGGCCCCCGCUGCCUGUGCCCAAAUACGGACACACACUGGUACUGGGGAGAGACCUGUGAAUUCAACAUCGCCAAGAGCCUCGUGUAUGGGAUUGUGGGGGCUGUGAUGGCGGUGCUGCUGCUCGCAUUGAUCAUCCUAGUCAUCUUAUUCAGCCUAUCCCAGAGAAAACAGCACAGGGAACAGUAUGAUGUGCCUCAAGAGUGGCGAAAGGAAGGCACCCCUGGCAUCUUCCAGAAGACGGCCAUCUGGGAAGACCAGAAUCUGAGGGAUAGCAGAUUCGGCCUUGAGAACGCCUACAACAACUUCCGGCCCACCCUGGAGGCUGUUGACUCCGGCACUGAGCUCCACAUCCAGAGGCCGGAGAUGGUAGCAUCCGCUGUGUGAGCCAACGGGGGCCUCCCACCCUCAUCUGUCUCUGUGCAGGAGAGCUGCAAACACAGAGCCCCCCACAGGCCUCCGGAGUUGGUCAAGAGGAGACCGAAGUCAGGCCCUGAAGCCGGUCCUGCUCUGAGCUGACAGACUUGGCCAGUCCCCUGCCUGUGCUCCUGCUGGGGAAGGCUGGGGGCUGUAAGCCCCUCCAUCCAGGAGUUUCUAGACUCCCAGAAGCCUCGGCACCCCUGUCUCCUCCUGGGUGGCCUCCCCACUCUGGAAUUUCCCUACCAAUAAAAGCAAAUCUUAAAGCUCAGAA